AUGCAGCUGAGGCCAUGGGCUGCUGCCUCUCUUCGCUGCUGCUCACAACGGAGAGCUUUCGCCUCAUACCAGUACAGGCCACUCCCCGAUGCGUCACAAUGUCUGGACCCUGAGAAAUUUGUCCGUCUCCUGGAGGUGCGGAGGCACAAUGGAGAAGGACGUCCGAGCAGUUCAAGCAAUGAGCUUAGCUUCUCGUUGAAGAUAUUCAGGCUGUCCCAGACACCCGAAUUCGAAGCCCUUUCCUACACUUGGGGUGAUCCGUUGACGCCUUUCUCGAAAGCUUGCAAACCAGAGUCGGACGAGCGCUCACAAUUGCAACACCAUUUCCGCCAUCACAGGAGCAGAGACUCAGUCCCACACAUCGUUGUUGACUCCCAGUCUCUUGCAGUGACGCCCAAUCUCCUUUCUGCCUUGCAGAUGCUCGCCUCAAGGUCCUCUUCUAUUACAGCCACCAUCAGCUCGAGGCAGCACCCUUCUCCGCUCUUACGCGGCCUCUCCUGCAAACCUCAGUAUUUCUGGAUAGACGCAAUUUGUGUCGACCAGUCCAAUGUCUUGGAGCGGAAUGCUCAGGUCGCUAUCAUGGCAGAUGUGUUCCGCUCGGCGCAGGGUGUGAUUAUCUGGCUUGGGCCAGAGGACCAAUUCACAACAGACGCACUCGAGGUUGUCGAAGCCAUCUCGCCCUUGAUAACGCUAAGGUCUUCUCAUUUGAGCUCCAAAGCGAAACAGGCUUGGGACGACACCAGCUACACAGACUUUUUCGACAGCAGCUGGUAUUCGAGAGUCGCCGAGGCCAUCGGGCUGCGGGGCAACAUCACCCACCACCAAUGGCUGGGCCUUCUCGCGCUGGUCAGCCGGCCGUGGUUCCAACGGGCCUGGGUGGUUCAGGAGCUCGCUCUCGCGAGGCGGGCCACCGUCGUCUGUGGCGACCGCAUGGUCUAUUGGACCCAGCUGGCCACGACGUUAUCCUUCAUACACGCCAAGCGGUGGUACCACCACCUCUGCACCGAAAAGAUGCGGCACAUUCCUAGCGUUCGCGACGACCCGGGCAUUUAUUCCGAUUUUCUGACUUCGCGGACCGAAUUCCCCCCGGGAGCUCUCUCGCUCAUGCGCACUCGGAAGAUUCUCAGACUCAGGGAACGGGCUCGCAGCCACCAUGUUGACUUGGUCGGCGACCGUGGUCCUAGGGCCCAGGACGUUGGGACUGUUCCUGGUAGUGACAGUGAUGCUCUAUCCCAACCUGUCAAAGCUGCACCGGACCCUAUCCCUCUCGACCGGCUCAUACAAGUCCACCGGGAUAAGCUCGCCACGGACCCUCGAGACAAGGUGUACGCCUUCGCUGGUCUCGCGGAUACGAAGACGUCGGUAUGUGGAGCACCGGCGACGUCUAUCUGGCCGGACUACGAGCUUCCAGUCCAAGAUGUCUAUACGCGGUUGAUGACGCAGCUACUGUUCGCCCAUCGAGGCCUGCAUAUGUUGUCACACGUGCAGGAUGCAAGUCUUACGAAGCUGGAGGGUCUGCCGAGCUGGGUCCCUGACUUCAGCGUCCAGCUGUCGCCCUACCCGCUUCGGUUUCGUGGCGCGGUAUCUUGGUCGGCCUGUGGGAAUUCGCGAUGGGAGCCUCCAGUGAGCGACGAAGGCAUGAGCCGAGGAAUCCUCCGUGUUCAGGGGUCAAAGAUCGGCGUGGUCGAGGAUACUGCAUUGUUGCAGCACGAGGCGGAAUGCUCGACAGAGUACUGGGCUAGUAUUGUGAACCUAGCACUGGGUCUGGAUGAAAAGUACCCCCAGCUCCCAGACUGGACCAUGGCCGGAGCGAUGCCCCAAUCUCGUCUCGAGGUCCUUUGGCGAACGUUGAUAACGGACGUGUACUCACGGCAACACCCAGCACCGCGUCAUUGCGCGAAAUUGUUCAUGGAGUACAUCCUGAACCUGCAAAUCAGACAUACCCUAGCGCCGUGGUCUGAUAUUGACUUCAUGCCACACCAGAGUCAUACUCACGCCCCGGACGUCCAACCACGCUGGCAUGAACUGCUCAAAUCAGAGCCGGAAGGCCUUGCCGAGUACAAGAGGUGCAUGACGACGAUAAUGGAAGCCAUUUUCCAAGGCUCAUACUCGCCGAUAAAUCUAGCAGAGCUGCAACAUGAGUUUGAUAUCGCCAGCGGCAGUUCAAGGCGACUGUUUCGGACGGACAACGGCCUUCUUGGGACAGGUAUGAAGUCGGUCAGGAAAGGCGACGAGGUCUGGGUACUGGCUGGCUCCAAAGUGCCGAUGCUUGUGAGGAAGAGACCGAAUCUUGAUCGUGGCAAUGAGUUUUCCCUGGUCGGCGAGACGUACGUCCAUGGCGUUAUGCACUGGGAGCGCAGCGGGCAUGAUUUCCCUGAGCUAAAGUAUAUCAUUUUGAAGUGA